AUGGUGGAGGAGUUGUUCUUCUGGAAUGGAAGCAACAACCCAAACCCACUUCAACAAUUUCAACAUAACAACUCUAAUCUACUUCUUCUCUCUGGUCCUCCUUCUUCCGGAAAGACUUCACUUCUUUUCCAAUUUGCAUUCAAUGUAGCAGCAGCACUUCACUCUAACUCUUCCAACCCAAAUGUUGUCUUCAUCUGUAACCAAAACAGAUUGGAUUCCAAACCCCCUUUUCUUUCUCAGGGAAUUGACCCAUCUUCGAAUAUCUUCCGACGUAUACAAAUGAAGUAUAUACUAUAUACCAUAACCCUUUUUUGUUAUCUUUCAUUAGUCAUCACCAGUUAUAUAUUUACGCUAAUUUAA